GCUUUGUGUAGUUCAGCAUAUCCAGCUGUGAACUCACUGGGUCCCUUAAUGCUCAUACAUGGUAUGAUAAUGAAAACCAUGUUCACGUCAACAUCUGACCUACUCUCUUCUCAUUCAACUUUACUGGUGAAUGGCCCAAAGAGAGAUCCUGCCAUCCAGAAUGAGCUUAAUGACUCAUUCAAAGAAGAGGUUAAAGCUUUUCUGAGUGAUGAAGAUAAAUUGCAUCUCUUAAAUGACCUUACCAAAGUUAAUCCUGUAACCACAACAACAGUACUGAAAUGUCUGCAAGCAAGGUACACAGUAGAUGUGUUUUAUACAUAUGCUGGCUGCAGUCUUGUGGCCAUAAAUCCAUUUCAACCUAUGUGUCACCUCUAUUUGCCUGAGCUUAUGAAAGAGUACCACACUGCACUUCGCCCUCAGGAGUUGAAACCUCAUAUCUUUGCUGUGGCUGAACAGACCUACAGAAAUGUUGAAAGCCAGAUUGAACCAAUAAACCAGUCUAUAAUUGUUAGUGGUGAAAGUGGUGCUGGAAAGACUUGGACUUCCCGAUGUCUUAUGAAAUUUUAUGCUACUGUUGCUGCAUCAUCUACCUCUCCUAAAGGCAAUGACAGUGAGAGGAUAAGAAGAGAGUGCUGGGGGACUCCCAACCUGUUCUGUGAAGCUUUUGGAAAUGCAUGUACUCUUCAUAACAACAGUAGCCGUUUUGGAAAAUAUAUCCAGCUUCAAUUAAACAGAUCACAACAUCUGACUAGUGCUUCCAUCCAAACAUUUCUAUUGGAGAAAACCAGAGUUGCUUAUCAGGCCCCGUGUGAAAGAAACUUUCAUAUUUUUUAUCAGAUCACAAAAGGUGCCACAAAGGAUGAAAGACUGGAGUGGAACCUGCCUGAGGCCAAUUUCUUCUGGUUGCCAAAUUCUGAAAGUGGCUUUCCAGAGGACUGCUUUGAGGUGACCAGAGAGGCAAUGUUUCACUUGGGCAUUGACAGCUCCACACAGAACAAUAUUUUUAAGAUAUUAGCAGGACUUCUACACCUUGGUAACAUUCAGUUCUCUGAUUCAGCGGAUGAAUCCCAGCCUUGUGAACCAGAAGAUAAUGCCAAAGGUUUUGUGAAGACAACUGCAAACUUGCUAAAAGUAUCUGUAGAGGAGCUGCUGGAAACACUAAGAAUUCGAACUAUAACUGCUGGAAAACAGCAACAAGUUUUCAAGAAGCCAUGCUCCAGAUUAGAAUGUGAAACAAGAAGGGACUGCCUGGCUAAAGUUAUCUAUGCUAAAUUAUUUGACUGGCUGGUUUUAGUGAUAAAUGGAAGCAUCUAUGCAGAUACUCUUGUGUGGACCAACUUUAUAGGUUUGUUAGACGUUUAUGGUUUUGAAUCUUUUCCUGAAAACAACUUGGAACAGCUCUGUAUUAACUAUGCCAAUGAGAAACUACAACAGCACUUUGUAGCACACUAUCUGAAGGCACAACAGGAAGAAUAUGCAGCAGAAGGUCUAGAGUGGUCUUUCAUAAACUAUCAGGAUAACCAGAGCUGUCUAGAUCUGAUAGAAGGAAGCCCUGUCAGCAUCUUUUCUUUGCUGAAUGAGGAGUGUCGUCUGAACAGGUCCUCUAAUGUCAGCCAAUUCCAAACCCGAAUUGGCGAAUGCUUUGUCUAAUAACCGGUGCAUAAGCUGGCAAAGUUUAGUAAGAAGCCAAACUUUGUUGUUUUCCAUUAUGCUGGCAAAGUCUGUUACCAAGUGGAAGGUAUGGUGGAGAAAAACAGGGACCCAGUUCCACUGGAGUUACUCCAGCUUCUGAAGAAUUCCCAAGACUGCUUGCUUCAGAAGUUCUUUCCCAUGACAGAAAAGAGCCAAAAUGAUACCAAAACCCCGAACAGAGCAGCAGCAGCAGUUACAGUGGUCUCCAAGUUCAAGGGUUCACUUGAACGUCUGAUGCAGAUCUUGCAUAGCACUACACCUCAUUACAUCAGAUGCAUCAAGCCUAAUGCUGAUUGCAAGGCAAUGACUUUUAAAAAAGAAGAGGUUCUCAGCCAGCUUGAGGCAUGUGGCAUAGUAGAAACUAUCAGCAUCAGUGCAGCUGGAUUUCCUAUUAGGGUCUCCUUCCAAAGUUUUACUGAGCGUUAUAAAGUGCUGAGAAAAUCACGUACAUCCAGUACAAUGCCAGAUGAAAAUGGUUUCUCUCUCUUGCUAAGAGAAAAGAGGUUUGACUCCAACAACAGAUAAUGAUGAAGCAUUACGCUUUGUCAUCCAUGAUAUUCUUCAGAAAGUGACCGUGGGACAAAGUGCCGCUUCCCUGAAGCAAACAGAGACCAAAUCAAACAACUCUUCGAUG